UAUACUGUUCUCUUCUGUUCACAAACAUUGGAUCUCUUAUCUAUCGUACUCAAUCCACCAAAAAGCAUGGUCGGAACUAACUCUACCAUCAAAUUCAUCUGCUGUUACGGCGGGAAAAUCGUCCCUCGUUACACUGACGGAAAACUUCGUUAUCAUGGCGGUGAAACCCGUGCACUCGCCGUUGAUCGGUCCAUUUCCUUUGCUGAGUUAUCGUUGAAGAUGGGAGAGAUGUGCGGGUCACCAGUGAGUCUACGUUGCCAGUUGCCGACGGAGGAUUUAGACGCGCUGGUUUCGAUCACUUCCGAUGAGGAUAUCGCGAAUCUCGUCGAGGAAUACGACCGUGUUGCAUCGCCGCCGUCUUCUUUAAAGAUCAGAGCCUUCCUUUCGCCGCUGAAACCGGCCAGAAAAUCGAUUUGUUCGCCGCCAAAGCCGCCCAGGAAAUCGAUUUCUUCGCCGCCUUCGUCUUCAUCCAGUCCCAGAUAUUCCUGCAUACGUCAGAUCCCGAGGACUCCCGUAGCUUUCCCUCUUUGCUCUAAUAAAUCGGCGGGGAAGAUGAUUCCUUGCUACGGUUACCAUGGCCAACCUAGUCACAUUUACCUUGUUCACAGCGGGAAUUACAGGCAAUAGCAGAAGAUGGAAGGAUCAUGUGAUUUAUUAGCCAGUUAUGAUCCUCAGCGAAGAACAAUUAAUGCUCAAUACUACCCAUAGAAGAAGCAAAAUAACUUAAAACCAUAUAUGAUGUUUGUAUCUGAAAAUGCAUAUCCCUUAAGAAGAACUGGUUUUGAUUAAUGAGUAGCCAUUAAUGAAUUCUCAGCUCCUAUAUUCGUUUUC